CCAUAGAGCUGCAGAUCCACUGAGAGGAAAGAAAAGUUUGUUCAGAUGGCAAACUGACAGCAGGACACAGAGCUCACAGCAUUCACGCUGAAACAAACCAGCUCUUAGUCUGGUUUAAAGUGGUGUUUGUUGUUGUAGGGUGUGUUUUAUUUUUUAACAACUCAAGAGAAGAAUGAAACUCGCGUUUUCUGAUCAAAUCCGUGUGUUUUCUUGCCGAAGACGACUCUGAAACCUGAGAGAAACAGAGAGGAGAAUGAAUAGGACUGAGCUAACAGGCUAAUUAGCACUGUUAGCUUCUAUUUCCAUGGCAAGCCUGCGACUGGGCGCCCAUAUGUCUACUUUUAAACGUUUAUAAACGACGAAAAACGGGGUUUGGUAUCGUUUAUGUUAUUAAAAAAAUUAUUUUUACAAUAAUAAACAUCCUGGAAGAAAGUUCUCUGACGGAGUAUUUUUCAUGGUUUUGUUUCCAAAUAUUAAAAAAGCGCCAUGAAAUGUGGAGCUGUGUGGAAAUCAUGGCUUUUUGUGAAGUUUCUGUAUUGAAAUUCAUCUCAGGAGGCGGUUUGAUUGAAUAAUGCUGCAGAAACUGGAAAUUGGAAACCUCAAUGUGUUACUCUAAAGCAGUAACCGUGAACCCUGUUAACCUGUCCUGAGGGUGGGGACAUUUCAUCCUGAAUAGAUUCACCAUUCUGCUGAGUACUUUAUCCUGUCCAACAAUGGCAGAUCGACACGUGGGCUUCCUGCAGUGAUGUCUGUGCAGUGAGGACUGGCUUGCUCUGUGGCCUGCUCGCCAUGCUGGCCCUGGGAGUAGACUAUGGCAAACCAGGAGGAGGAAGAAGAACGGCGACUGCAUGCCAGUUGCCUGCUUCAGGGAGAGCGUUGACAAGGGAGUCUGGCAUCAACAUCAAGCAGAAGAUCUCACAAUGGGAGGGGCUCAGCCAGCAAGAGGGCACACAUGGAGGGAGGCCCAAGACCCAGGGCACCCCUGUCAUACGCGCUCGUUCUGGGGAUGUGAAAAAUGGCAUUCUCUUGGACAAUAAAACUGAAGGACUCCAUAGAAAAGCUAACCUGUCUCAAGCCAAAAGCAUGGGUUUGGAUUUCAGGGAAAACCAGACUGGUCACGGACAGUUAACAGUGGGACAGAAAUCCGUACCUGAGCACAACCGACCACUUUUAAACGACAGUGUAAUCUCGACUCCUAGGACUAAGUCGUCACCAGGCGUGAUCCGAGCGCAGCAUCCUGUAAACAAACGGGAUGCUUCAAAGCAGAAAAGUGAUAAUGAUGUCAUUGACCGUGUCAUGGACGACGAUAUCGCAUCCCUGCCCGAGGGUGACGAAGAUCCUGAUGACUCUCUGCCCCCUGGAAACUUCUACACCUCUCGGGGGUUUUGGAGGAGACUGGAGGGCGAGGAUGCUCCCUGGAAGAGGGAGAAAGAUGCCUCACCCGUCUCAAAGCAUCUCAACUCAGGAGGCGCUCAACUGAACCCGCAGAAUCCCAUCAUACCGCCACCUAAACCACAACGCACAUUCCAGUACCAAGGAGGCAACAUCCGACCUGCAGAUUCAACCAAAUGGGAGAAGGUAACUUCUCCUGUGACCCAAUCAAAACAGCUUCGAAAGCAUGAUGUCAUACGCCCACCCGAUGUCCCGCCUCCACCAUGUCCUGUCACCAGCAGCAAUGGUAUUUCCAGAAACAAAAAGAACAGGAAGUCAUUUGAAUUCGAGGACGUGGAGCGUUGGACAGCUCAGCAGGGGUCCAGAGAAACCGAGUCACGCCGCUCUGGGCUGUACCACACCCGGUCACAAGACAGCAUCUAUGAAGACAUCAUCUCGGAAGUGCUAAGGGAGAACCCAUACGAAGACAUCAAACCGUCUCCUAUGUGUCUUCCUAUCAUGCGCUCCCGAAACUGGACCGUUACACAGAGACGGACGCCGUGCGCCCCGAAGCUGCCUCAGAAACCCCUCACGCUACGAGCCAAUACUGACCGAUUGCACGAGGUCUACAAGCAGUCUAUGGCAUCACAGAUUCAAACCUCAAACCCAAGUACAGCUAAGCCAUCAGCAACAAAGCAGGCUACCGCCUACAGAACACAGCGCCAGCCUCAGUAUGUGAGCAGGAUCCAAGAGAUCUUCCAGGCUAAGAGAGGGAAAAAGAGAGUGAAAAGCCAGACAAGUGCCAGCAGAGAUGAAUUGAGUGGAACGGAGAGCGAUCCAGAAGAGAGCACUAAAGGUGGCUCCCAGCGCCUGGUGUAUGUACAGUCCACUUUGAAGAGAAGACCAGGGUAUCGCACCCUGGAGAAAGAUCUCAUCCAGCUGCAGCAGCAACAACUCUUCCAGCUGUUCGUUGUGGUGUCACUUCGAAAACGUUCCCCCGGAAAUGCGUACUAUCCAGAGAUCACGCAACAGUUCCCUACUAAGUUUGAGAAGACCUCACGGAUGUCUCGUGAGACUGAGGAUCGGUUGAAAGCCAUUCCUAAUUUCUGCUUCCCGGAUGCUCAGGACUGGAAACCAUCUGCAGACGUCAACAGUGAGACCUUUUCAUUUGUCCUGACUGGAGAAGACGGGACCCGAUGGUUUGGUUAUUGUCGGAAAAUCUUGCCCUGCGGAAAGGGGAAGAGGCUGCCUGAGGUUCACUGCAUCAUCAGCCGGCUUGGUUGCUUCAAUUUGUUUGCAAAGAUCCUGGAGGAGGUGGAGAGGAGGAGAGAGAUCUCUCCUGCGCUGGUCCACCCGUUCAUGCGCAGCGUCAUGGAGGCUCCGUUUCCUGCUCCAGGACGCGUCAUCACCGUGAAAAGCUUUCUGCCUGGCUCUGGUAACGAGGAGCUGACUCUGUGUCGCCCAGUGGACUCGCGACUGGAGCAUGUGGAUUUUGAGAGUCUUCUGCAGUGUCUGAGUGUGAGCAGCCUGCUGCAGGUUUUCGCCUCUCUGUUGCUGGAGAGGAGAGUCAUCUUCAUCGCAGAUAAACUCGGCACCUUGUCUCAGUGUGCACACUCGGCUCUCGCUCUGCUCUACCCUUUCACAUGGCAGCACACGUUCGUGCCCGUACUGCCUGCCAACAUGCUGGACAUUAGCUGCUCUCCAACUCCCUUCGUCAUGGGAGCGCUGUCUCCGUCCCUGGACCAGCUGUUGGAUUUGCCCAUUGAGGAGGUGCUUAUUGUGGACUUGUGUGCGGACAAGUUUGUUGUGCAGAUGGGAGAUGAAGACUGCAUCCUCCCCAGUAAGCUCCAAGCAGCCCUGCAGGAAGUCCUGGAGAGUCGGGAGGAGAUGCUGGAACGCAGCAAAGAGGACAGGAAGGGAGAGGAGUGCAGUCUGAGUGCUCUGGUAUCCGAGGCGUUUGUGAGAUUCUUCAUAGAGCUGGUGGGCCAUUACCCGCUGCACAUCAACGAGACGGGAUACAACGGCGUCCGCGAGCUCAACCGAGAAACCUUCAGGAAGUCUCAUCCGUCCCGAGGCGUGCGGCAGUUCCUCCAGCUGUUCAUGGACACGCAGAUGUUCGCCGGCUUCAUCCAGGACCGAGAGCUCCGCAAGGGCGGAGUCAAGGGCCUGUUUGAAGUGCGAGCAGCAGAAUAUCUCGCCUCCUGUCCUGAGCCUGAACCCUUCGGAGUCAACAAAUUUCUCAAGGGACUCGGGAACAAAAUGAAGUUCUUACAGAAAAAGUGAGGGAUUGCCUAAGCAGAGGAGGGAGAAGGCCAAGAGUGACGUGCCAAGCAAGAUGGAGUGCGGAGAAGAGAGCUGCGAGUCACUGCAACGAUCGUUUGCCUCCAAGAAAACUGGACCGGCCGGGUGGGGACCAGAUCGAGCCUGGACUGGGCUCAUUUCAUCCUGAUGGGAGUGCCUGUGCAAUGCUUUAAGAUUUAAAAGUGGAAAUUGAUAAAUUAUUAUUAUAAAGAAAAGAGAACCUGAAUUAGAGCUGGGAGAAAAGUGUCGUGGUUAAAGCUGAUGCUUUGAGCUUAAU